UAAUGAUCAGCAUCGGGAUUCAGCAUAGCAUUAGCUGUCAAAUAUUUAUUUAAAAAUUAUAAAUUAAUGCUUCAUAAUUCAUAUCAUUCCUUUCUGAUUUCUCAUGGUAUGUGAAAAUAUAACAAUGAAAACCAUCUGUUAAAUAUGAGAACUGUAGAAUCGCAUUUAUUGGGUGAUAAAAUAGAUGAGGCUGUAACCCAUUAUAUAAAUACACACCAGUCGGCCGAGACAGUCCAUGUAGAUCCCAAUUUAUCUUUAAACAUUCAAGAUGAUGGAGGUGGUAGAGUGGUUACUGUUAUGCACCCACAAGGCUAUCAACAGCAAGUUUGCAGACAGAUAUCGGUGGGUGAGCAGAUUGGAGAUGGACCUUGGGCUGAAGAAUUAUGGGAUGGCAGGCUUGCUGCACUUGUGGCGCAUCUGGCCCAACCUAGUCGCACUUCUCAUCACCAGGGACAAAACUCUCAUCAUAAGCCGUCAACAAUAGUGCGAAGUGAUAUGGAUACAUCUGUAAUUCUGGAUGGUUCUAUGAGGCUUUUUAAUGGACAGUCUUUGGAGCACCAUCAGGAGCAGUUACCGGUACAAGUGUCAGACCUACCGCUACCUCCACUUCAGGAUAUGAAAAGGUGCCCUGACACUGGUUGGUUUAAUAAGAAGGAUACAGUAAAGGGUGAUAGUGAAAUUUUAGAAGAUAGUCGGAUGCUGGAAAUGGCAUGCGGUUCACCGGCACAAAGUAAGCAGAACAAGAAGAGCUUGCCACAUAAAAAACGGAUCUCGAGGAAGUUAAAGAGGAACACUGGCAAUACAACACCGAGUCAGCAGGACAUCGUAGUGAUGCAAUGCAAUGAGGAGGUUCAGCCGGAGCAGGAGGAGAUUCUCCCCGACAGCUUCGUGGAUUCUAUGCCUCGACACCAUGAUGAAGACCAGUUGCCAGUUCACACACACGUUUCUCAGAUCCGUGCAGUGUUAGUCUGUCAGCUUUGCGGUCAAUUCUUUGGGGAGGAGCAGCUGAAGUUCUACCAUCACCUGCGGCAUCACUACGAACCUCCUGCCGCUCUCAGUAUCGACAACCCCGUGCCUGACAUUGCGAUUGAUAAGAUUACAAACACCUGUAUAGUAGACAAUGGAGCGACACUCCCCGAUUCUAUAGUAGAAUUGUCGCUAGAAAAUACGGUGCCGAAGACAAUGUACCAGCCCAUAGACAAGCACAUACUCUACGAGAAGCCGCUCUACAAAUACUCUAUGGUCAUGGAGAAAUCUGUGGAAGGUGAAUUAGACGAUUCUUUGGACAAACUGGACUUCUAUUGUUGCGUUAAGUGCAAUAAAUCCUUUAGAAAGCAAAAACAAUUCGAGGCCCAUUUACGAGAGAUGCAUACUUUGACUAAGUUAGAGGACAUGGGCGAGUUCAGUGAGCCCGAAGAUCUGAUGGAGGGAAUCCACGUGGCGGUGGACGAGGACCACGAGCAGGAGCCGGAGCCUGCCGACGGGCAGACGCCCGAGCAGGACGCCCACGACCAGUACGACACGGUGUUGCCACAUUUGACCAUCGACAAUGGCCAUGUGCAUCAGGAGCACAUCCGGCAUUGGUAUUCGCGUAGCGGCGGUGAGAGUCCCGAAGUAGGCUCGAUAUGCGCGUGCGGCGGCACCGGCUGCUGCCCCACGUGUGCGCCGCCUUACACUCAGCAGAGGCAUCAGAUUGUGACAAAAGAACUACAAAAUCUGCUGGAGACAAACGUACCGACGAAUCCCGCUCAAGAAAAUCACAAGGAAAAUGAGAAGUCUCCUAAAAAGCCCAAAAAGAAAUCCAACAGGAAAUUCGAGUGCGUCCAGUGUGGACGGGUGUUCGAUCACCGAAACAGCAUGCUGUACCAUCUUCUCAUGCACCAGAGCAAGAAGCACUCGUGUAAUGUUUGUGGGAAACGGUUUUUCACCACUGGCUCGCUUAAGGUUCACAAACGAACUCACGACGGCGUCAGGCCUUGGAAGUGCGAAGAGUGCGGACAAUGCUUCCGACGAUCGGGGGAUCUCAAGUACCACAAGGACUCCAAACAUUCCAAUGAGAAACGGUUCAAAUGCGAAUUCUGCGUGAAAGAGUUCUCCCGGCGGUACUCCCUGAGCGUCCACCGCAGCAUACACACGGGCGAACGGAACUACCCUUGCGACGUUUGCCACAAGAGCUUCCGCGCCGCCUCGUACAAGCAGAUUCAUAUGAGGACACACACGGGUGUGAAGCCAUACCAGUGCGAGCAGUGCAAAAAGUGCUUCAGCGUCCCGUACGACCUGCGCCGGCACGUCCGAGUCGUCCACGAUAAGAUAAAGAAGGAAGACGAUCCCAAAAAGAAAGAUAAAAAUAAAAAAGAAGAGAAGCCAAAGACAAAGGAGAGCAAGAAGAAAACGGUCAAACCGCCCAACGUCACGAUUCAGAAGUCCGCGAAGCCGACGGAGCUAGGGCCGAGUCAGUGUAAGGACUUUUACUACGCCGACCAGGAUAUCAAGCGGGAGAUGAAGUUUAGGAACGAAAUCGGAGACGAAUUUCGGGAUAAUACCGAUGGGAAAAUGCCUAUUUUUUCCAAUGUCGAGAAGUCGACUGUGGUUUUGAACGACCUCAGGAGUUUGGACACGAGUCGGAGAGACGUGAGUGGGGAUAUCGAAAUGUUCGACAAACUCGCCCUCUACAACAUGCCAGCCGUUUGAACUCACUCGCGAUUCCUGUUAGAGUUCAAGUAGCAAAUUUAUUCAGAUUUUAACCUAAAGUAGCAUAAUAUUGUCUCUUCGAUUUGACCUCAAAAACAUGUCUAUACUGGUACGAGAUGUUUUCUCGAACCGCGAUCUCGUCUUGAUGUUUGUCAAAUAUGUCAAACGGUGAAAUAGCAUUUUGACAAGUAAAAAAUGCUGAUUUAGGUCUGUAUUCUCAAAUAUUAGUCGGUCUCUUGACAUUUAGCAUUCUACAAGAUGACCUGACGCCUAAAUAAUAGGAUAAGAUGGCAUCCCUAUAAUAUAUUCCUAAUCAUAUGUAUAUUGGUAACUUUCAAUGUUGCCAUGUGAUAUUUUAAAUAUGGCAACAUUUUUAACACAAAAAUUAUGAAUAAUUAAUCGUAUUUUAUUUGUAUACCGCUUAAAUAUAAGAACGGGCAAAUUGUUAUCCUUGAAGUGGAUAAUGCGACUGAUAUUAAACUAUUUAAUUAUA